AUGAAGAGUGUGAAUAGGACCAAGGUGUGUGUUUAUGAUAUGGAGAGGAUGACGAAGAAGGCAAAUAGGCAGUGCAGGAGAGAUUAUGAAAGGAGAGAGAGGCUAUCACUGCACCUGGCAGUGGUGCUGCUUGCAGUGUACCACACUUGCAAGGCAGAGCGUGCGCCGCGAGCGAUACAGUUCAGCUCGAAUCAAAACUAUGCUGUAUUUGGAUCUCCAAUUUCUGCUAACCUCGACGAGGACGGAUAUUUCUACCCUAAGCCGAAGAUCCCCUUCCCCCCGCCACCACCACCACCGCCUCCGACCAGGCCGCCGCCACCACCACCACCGCCGCCAACCAGGCCACCUCCGCCACCACCACCGCCACCAACCAGGCCACCUCCACCACCACCACCGCCGCCGACUAGGCCACCACCUCCACCAGUCACAAGACCGCCAAUAACUCAAGCUACUGGAUAUUAUUAUGACACUCCGCGUAUACCAUUUGAGAUACCUACUACUAGAAGACCACUGCCUCCCCCGACGACAAGGAGACCCCCACCCCCUCCACCACCACCGACUAGGCCACCACCACCACCUCCACCACCACCCCCAACCAGGCCACCACCACCACCAACAACAAGGAGACCUCCUCCACCACCACCACCUCCACCAACAAGGCCACCACCACCUCCUCCCCCGCCUCCAACUAGACCACCAAUAACUACAGGAUACACAUACCAAACCCCACGCAUCCCUUUCCCGCCACCAACAAGGCCUCCGCCUCCACCUCCACCUCCGCCUACUAGGCCACCGCCACCACCAACAACAAGGAGACCUCCUCCGCCUCCACCACCACCACCAACUAGACCACCACCCCCACCUCCACCACCACCUACGUCUAGACCUCGUACGACAGGAUAUGUAUACGAAACACCGCGCAUACCUUUCCCACCACCAACAAGGCCGCCACCUCCUCCUCCACCACCACCAACUAGGCCACCGCCACCACCAACAACAAGGAGACCUCCUCCACCUCCACCACCACCCCCAACAAGACCACCACCUCCUCCACCACCGCCACCAACUAGGCCUCCACCACCUCCCACGACAAGGAGACCCCCUCCACCACCACCACCUCCCCCAACUAGACCACCAACUUUCAGAACAACGGGCUACAGUUACCCAACCCCACAAGUGCCUUUUACUUAUCCAACAACAACCAGGAGGCCUUACAUUCCGCCUGUAACGCAGCCGACCACACGUAGAACAUUUCCUCCAGUAACAUAUCUGCCUCCGACUACGACAAGGAGACCUCCUCCACCACCACCUCCGACCAGGCCACCGACACCUCCACCCACUAGACCCCCGACUUACAGAACACCCUCGACAUAUCUGCCACCUCCUCCACCAACAAGGCCUCCAACUCCUCCACCAACAAGGCCACCACCUCCACCUCCCACGAGGGCUCCUUCUACAUACUUGCCUCCUCCACCACCUACAAGGCCUCCAACACCACCUCCAACUAGACCCCCACCUCCUCCACCACCUCCAACGAGACCUCCGCCACCUCCACCACCACCACCAACUAGGCCACCACCUCCAGUGACACCACCACCAUUCAGGACAACAGGCUACGACUACCCAACACCUAAAGUGCCAUUUACUUUCCCAACGACGGCUAGACCGCAGACCCGGCCUCCGAUUUACCUGCCACCCAGUACCACACGGGCACCGAUCUAUAUUCCUCCUCCAACUACCAGAGCGCCAGUAUACAUUCCUCCCCCAACAACGAGAGCGCCAGUAUACAUUCCUCCCCCAACGACCAGACGACCCGUGUACAUUCCUCCCGCGACAACUCGGCCACCGAUCUACAUUCCCCCUCCAACAACACGAGCGCCUCCUGUAUACAUCCCUCCCCAAACUACAAGGGCUCCAGUCUACAUUCCUCCCCCCACCACGAGUAGACCAUACACGACUCGACCGCCAUUCGUCGAAGACAAGGGCUAUUUCUACGACCGACCAUUGGUACCAUUCGUAUUUUAA